UGUGGUGCGAAUUUUGGGUGCGAAUUGUAGGGUGGAAAAAAGUGAAUAGUUAGUUAAAAGUGUUGUCUAACUACGGUUUUGAAAGACUCUCUUAGAAAUAUAAGCAACAACAGACAACAUGCCAGGUUUUUCCGUUAGAGACGUUCCAGCUCAAGAUUUCAUCAACGCUUACGCCCAGUUCUUGCAGAGACAGGGUAAAUUGGAGGUUCCAGGUUACGUUGACUUGGUCAAGACCUCUGCCGGUAACGAGAUGCCACCACAGGAUGCCGAAGGUUGGUUCUACAAGAGAGCCGCCUCCGUUGCUCGUCACAUCUACUUGAGAAAGCAGGUCGGUGUUGGUGCUUUGAACAAGUUGUACGGUGGUGCCAUCAACAGAGGAUCCAGACCACAGAGACACGCCGACGCUUCCGGUUCCGUCAACAGAAAGGUCUUGCAGGCUUUGGAAAAGGUCGGGAUCGUUGAGGUUUCUCCAAAGGGUGGUAGAAGAAUUACCGAUGACGGUAAGAGAGAUUUGGACCGUAUCGCUGCCCAGACCUUGGAAGAAGAUGACGAAUAA